AUGGCAAUUUUCUCUUCCUUAGCGGGGUUUUUUAACCGGAACAAGAGAAGAAUAUUCAUAACUUCAGCAGUGACAUUUUCCAUCUACUUGCUAGUCAAUGAGUUUGUUAUAAAAAAGUUUAGAAACUAUCAAAAUGCCUUGCGUCAGGAGUUUAUGUUUAAGCAACAGAUUAGACAACGAUUUAUUCUGACUCAACAAGAUUGUUACUACACCAUCCUUGCAUUGCUUCCUGUGUUGGCACAACCUAUAGUUGAUGCAUUACCAGUUGACUUAAUAACUCAAGCAUUAAGGUUGAAAAAGGGUCACCAGCAACAACAACAACAGCAACCACUGCUGUCACAAGUUGCUAGCGGAAGUAAUAGUGAGUUGACCACGGAUAACCUUAAUCUUUUGGACAACAAUAACAACCCACAAUCACAAUUGUCGGUAUACAUGAACAAAAGUAAAGCUGAGUUGUGGAACUUGUUGAAGAUUAAAACAAUUACGAGAACAUUGACAUUGAUGUACUCCAUAUCUGGUUUGUUGUUAAUUAGUAGGUUACAAAUGAAUAUUCUAGCAAGAAGAUCGUAUUUGGAAUCGGCAAUUGUUAUGGCUGGCGUUAAGAACCCCAACAAUGACAUUGAUCCUCAUGAGAAUUACAUUAUCGAACAAAGUUAUCUUUCACUUAGUUGGUGGCUUUUAAAUAAAGGUUGGGCAAAUUUGAGUACCUUGAUUGAAAAUUUGGUUAUCGAUAAAUUUGAAAGUGUGAGUCCUAAAACUGAAAUUGGUGUUUUUGAUUUUGAACUCAUCUUGACGGAAAUCAUUGAAGAGAUCAACACCAAUAACAAACAAUUUGUGUUGGAUAAUUUAUUUCCCAUCAAAUACCCUGACUUGUUGGAGACGAUCUUGAAUACCAAUUCAGAUGUAAUACAUCAAUUGGAUAUUCCGGAUUCAAACUUGACCAAAUUGAUCAAUGAAACAAGUUCAAUCAUGUCUGAUAACAAUUUGUAUUUUUUUGACUUGUUGAAUCAAUUAAUUGUCACCAAUUUACAUACACUUACGUCAAACCUUUCAUCAAACUUAUCGACUACAUCAAACAGCUUAAUGAUGAGUGACACACUACCAGAUCAACAAAACCAACAAAACCAGCUUCAAUCAUCGUCAUCAAAGAUUAUAGAGUUGGACAACAAGCCAUACAAACUUGCUAGUUUCUUGGCUCAAUUAUCAGUACAAAAUGGUAUAAUGAUUAAUAACAAUGAUGAUGUAGUAGGAGCCAACGAUGAAGAUGAUUUUGAAAGUAUGAUCAAGAAUCUCAAUGGAGGACAAGGUAUCGCAGGUGAUGGGUAUGGAGCUCAUGAAUUGAGUGGAAAUGUCUACAUAAACACAUUAAACAGUUUGGAUGAACUUGAAAACUUUAGUGCUGGUAUUUACUCGAAUUUUGAGUAA